CCUUGGCCCCCUUUAGUCCGAACUUCAUAGAAUAGAGAUGCGGUAAUUAAACUUUCCCCUGUGCCACUGCCCCUACCAACGGCCACUCUCUGCCUCUCUUUCUACCGCCGGCGUCUACGCUCGUUCCUCCUCCGCCAGAGUCCACGCUCAUACCUCCUCCGCCCCCUCCGCUGGCUUCUCCUCCUUCGCGCUCUUCCUCUUCUCUGUGAUUGCUACCAUUAUUUCAACAGCAAAUCCUUCAAAUUUUGCAAAAAGGAAUCAGGUAACAGCAUCCGCCGUUGAUGUAUACUGCUCUAAUUUAAGCUUCAAAUUUACAAUUACCAUCUUUUAGAACACUGCAAGACAAAUUAGCAAUGACCUAUUUUUACAAUCUUAGAUUAUACCCUAUUCUAAGAUGGGUUUCUCUUCAUUUUUCCCCAAACCUCCUUAAAUCGCCACCAAAACACCCAAUUUUUCAAUAUAAUUUUCCAUGUUAUUGUAAUUUCAAUAAUGUACAGAAUCAUUUUCGUUUAAUUAGUACAUUGAAUGUUAAAAUUGAUCAAAAUGAGGAUAUUGAAGACAGUUCAAGCUCCAAUAAUGGUGAAGCAAUGCCUAGAACCACUAAGAAGGAGGCUCAAGGUGCAUUGUUAGAUUACUUGCAUUUUACUAGAAGUUUACCCUUUCUGGAUGCUGAAUAUAUGAGCAAAAACUCCCCUCGUUUUUUGAGGAAGUUGGUAGAUCAAGUCAAUAACGAGCCUGCUAUCAGGCACGACGUGGCUCGCUUCUUGCGUUAUCAUCCCUUAAAUGAGUUUGAACCAUUUUUUGAAAGUAUGGGGUUGGAGCCUUCUGAGUUUGUUCCACUCCUUCCGCGUGAUUUGAUGUUUUUGAGUGAUGAGGAUGGUUUGCUUGAUAACUUCCAUGUUUUGUGUGAAUAUGGGGUUAGUCGUGGUCUUAUAGGAAGGGUGUAUAGAAGGGCCAGAGAGGUGUUCCAAUAUGGUAGUGGGGUUUUGAUUUCGAAGCUUCGAGAUUUUGAGGAGUUCGGGUUAAGUAAAUCUGUUAUAGUUAAGGCUAUUAUCUACAAUCCAUGCCUUUUGAUUGAUGGUGUGGGUAAAGAGUUUUUUAAGGUGUUGGCAACGUUGCAGUUUGUUGGUUGUGAAUAUGAUUGGGUUGAGCAACAUCUAUUCGAGAAUGCUUCCUACAAUUGGAGACAAAUCUUUGAGUUGCUACAUUUGCUCAAUGAUAUGGGUUGUGAAAAUAAGGACCUGGAGUAUUCUUUAAGGCAACAUCCAGAAAUUCUAUUUGAUCGUUCAGGUCGAUCAACUUUUUCAUUAAUUGGGUUUCUGAUUAAACUUGGAUUCACAAAGAAUGACAUAUGUUCGCUAUUUUUGCACUUUCCACAAGUCAAAAUUGAGAAAUUUGUUAGGAAUCUUGGACGUGCUUUUGAGUUACUAUCUGAGUUAGAUAUGGAUGCUUUGAAUAUUGGAAUUAUUAUUCGUAAACAUUUCAUAUUGCUGGGUUCAUGCUCAGUGAAGAAAGCAAACAGUUUAAUUGCUAAUUUGAACACAGGAAAGAAACGCUUGUGCAAAACCAUAAUAGAAAAUCCGUUGGUGCUAAAGAAUUGGGUUUUGAGAGCAAAAAUUGAACGAUUGCCUGCGACUACAAUGCAUUCUCGCAUGGGGAGAAUCAAGUUCUUAUCAAGCAUUGGCUUGACAACACAUUCAGAAGAAAUGGCAAAGGCUUUAAAGCUAUUCCGUGGCAAAGGAGAGGAACUCCGUGAAAGAUUUGAUUGUUUUGUGAAAGCAGGACUCAGUGCAGAGGAUGUUGCGCAGAUGGCCAAAGCGGCCCCACAGAUUCUAAAUCAAUCAAAGGAAGUUAUUGAGACAAAGAUAAGAUAUCUUGUUAAUGAUUUAGGCUAUCCAGUGUCAAGUUUGAAGCCAUUCCCAGGGUACAUUGCAUAUACGAUGGAAAGGGUAAAGCUUAGAUGUUCUAUGUACAAGUGGCUUGUCAAUCAAAACGCUGUUCGCCCCACAUUGCGUUUGAGCACCAUAAUUGGAUGCACAGACUCUUUUUUUGAGAAGAAGUAUGUAAUUAAACAUCCUAGAGGCCUUGUAGUGUGGCAAGAGAUGAAGAAGACAGUUUCUGUGUUAUAAGUUUCCCGCUCCCUGUUUUUAUGGUUCUCCUAUGAACAGACGUCUUCAACUACUGUGCCUCCUGAAAAAUCGAUUCUUUUUUUCGGCUAUGGUUAUACACUUAUACUCCAAGUCUCAAAGCUUUUGGACACUAUUCAACAUAAUCAUAAAGAUCCAAAGUGUGCAGUACAACAGUUGCGGCGGCAUCGGCGGUGGUGGUGGCUCGUCGUCGGUUUCGGUGGGAGACUUGUUGGAGUGAAUGGGAGAGGACUUGAAGUUUCUGUUUUCAGGCUUCUUGAUCCGUUGUCUUAAGCUUUUAUCUGGGUUUCUAGAUUAUGGGUAGAGGUAAAGGAAAAGGCAAGAAGCAGAGAUGUAGGGAAUGGGAAAGAGGAGAACUUUUCGACAUCUAAGAGAAGGGGAAGGCUACAGAAACCGUUGAAGGAUGAGGUUGAAGACGAAAAGAUUUAAAAUAAAUUUGUUAUGAAUGGAAAAAAGUGGAAGAUAUCAUCACAAGUGAAGGAGAAUUCAGAUGCUGUCAAGGUGGAAAAUGGUUCAGAAGCCAAGUCUAUUGCUGAGGGUUUUGUGAAAUCCAUAGGGUUUAGACAAAAGGGAAACAGGAGAAAAAGCAAGCCUCACCGAGGUGCUGUAGUUGGAGUAAGAUGCAAACGAAGUUGAAGCAACCGCUAUGACAUUAGUUAUCCAUUUUGUCUUGGUUUGAACUGAGGGUCAGCUUUUAUUGUCUUUUUUAAAUUUAUUGUUCUAUAUUUUCAUAGUUUCGGUUUCUUAGUGAAGCUUUGAAGCUCAAUUACCCCCUCCGUUGAGAUUUAGGUUUUUCUCUGAUGAACAUAAUUGCUAGUUUAUAAUUGGAAGAAGUUAUAAGCUACAGUAUGUUUAUUUUCAUUUAUCACUUUGCUAAUCUUCUAUACCUGUUUAUUUCCUUUCUCUGUUGUCUAUGAUAUUAUCUAUCCACCUCUCUCUCCUCUGAGUUUCUGAUGAUAAUUUACGUCAGGUCCAUGUGUAGAUAUUGCCUAAUGAACACUUCCUCUUGCUACUGAACAUAACCAGCAGUUGCUUUAAACGGCCGUAGUUGGUUACUUGAACAUGCUUUGAGCAUUUUUUUUUUGCAGGAUCUUGUUUGUUACAGAGUUUGGUUUGCAUCCGUCGGACAGCUACUGUGGUACAAGCUUUUAAGUUCAAGAUUAUUCCCAAGGUAGUGAAAAGGUCAAGGCAUCCCGAAAUUUAAAAUCUGUUGAGGAAAGUAUACUUUCAACCAAGAAGCUAAGCCUGCUAUGAAACCUUACAAUGAAUCGUAAUUUGGAUUCCUGUUGCAUAAAAUGUUAUGUUUCCCUUGUUUAUCCUUAUUGCUAUACCCUGUUUAAGUGUUUAGUUAUCAACAACCCAAGCAAGUCAAGCUUCUUUAUAUCCUCUAAGGUUAUGAUAUUACCUUACUUAUUUCAAUUUCUUUUGGGUGGAUAAAAUAUCCUCCAUAUUAGCCCAUGUCUUCCAUGUAAUUAUUCUUUUGGCCAGUGCAUCUUUGCAUGGAUUAAGAUUCUCAGCAGAUGAGGCCAUUUGGUCUAUUAUGCAUGAACAUUUGUUGACUUAAUUGCAGGUAAAUUGUGAUAUUACUCAUUUGUGCAGAGUAAGUUUGUAAUGGUGGUAGGAAUGCUGUUUGGAUUUCCACAGUUUUUAAACUUGAUCAUGGAGGAGUCUAAAAAACAAGACUGGACGAUAGAGUUGGAAUUAGUAAUGCUGUACUUACAGCAUUGCUAAUGACCUUGUGUCCUGUUAGAACUGCUUACAGCAUUGAUUGUAUGAGGUCUUGACGAAAAUUAAAGAAUAGAGCUACUGACCACAAGGCAUCGACGAAGCCUAUCUUGAUGGUAAUCCAUUUCAAUGUCUUGACGUUAGGAGCAGAUCUGAUGACCAUUUCAAUAUAACUUCAUAUUACAUGUUGCUUAGUCCAUAUCUCAGCUGAUAACUUUUAUUUCAUCCGUGUACCGUGUUGUAAGCAUCCUGUAAAUCCACCCGCCCCCUUCCCUGGAAAAGGGUUUGUACUGACUACUUAGUGUGAAUUUGGGAUCUCCAUGCUUUUGGGUUCUGCAUUGCUGUUUCGCGAUUGAAUUCUA